AAACAAAAGCACACACACACACAGCACACACACACAGACGUGUGUGUGAGAAAGAAAAUCACAUAAAAUGCAACUAAAUCUGCAGCACGGCAACAACAAGGACAACAAGGACACAACAAAACACUUGGAUACAUAAAAUAUUGAAGCUAAGUGAAAGCAAAGGCAAUUGCAAUUCAUAAGCAAACUCUUGUCAAGUCCGAGAGAGAGCAGGAGCAGGAGCAGAAGCAGGAGCAGGAGCCUCCUCCCACAUCCUCUAAUGGAGCUGCCUCCUUGGCUGCUGCCGGCCAAGGAGCUGGUGGCCGGCGAGGCCUGGCUGAGGCUGCGGCUGAGGUUGCAUAAAUCAAACAUGGACUACACGUGUCUCUUCUGCUGCAGCCUGGCGUUUGCCCUCUAUCUGAACACCCUCAAUGCUGGCUUCGUCUAUGAUGACAGACGCGCUAUCCUCGGCAAUGCGGAUGUCUCGGGCAGUGGGCCCUGGCAACGUAGCUUCGGGAAUGACUUCUGGGGCACCCCGCUGACGGACAGCGGCUCCCAUGGCUCCUGGCGUCCCCUGUGCGUGCUCAGCUUCCGGCUCAACUACUUCCUUGGCGGCGGCUUUGCGCCGUGGGGCUUCCACCUGGUCAACAAUCUGCUGCAUUGCGUUGCCACAGCCCUCGUGGUGCGCGUGGCACGCACUCUGCUCGCCUCCGUUUGGGCAGUGCUGGCCGCGGGCGCUUUGUUCGCCGCCCAUCCCAUUCACACGGAGGCCGUGGCCGGUGUGGUGGGGCGUGCGGAUGUGGCCGCGUGUGUCUGCUAUCUGCUGACGUAUCUCAGCUAUCUGCGGCACAUGCGCUGGCGUGAGUCUGGAGAUCCACGUCAGUGGCUGGCACUGGCUGUCACGCUGAUCGUCGCACUGGCAGGACUCCUGUGCAAGGAGACAGCCAUCACGGUGCUGCUGGUGUGCGCUCUCAUCGAUGUAGUGCGGGGUGUCACGGGACACGUGGAUAAGCAACGCCUUCGCUCUGUGUGCAUUGUCCUCGGAGCGCUCUUCUGCAGCGCCUACUGCCGUCUGGUCAUCGUGCCUGGACCACAGACGGCCUUCUCCAGCGCUGACAAUCCCAUUUCCCGCACACCCUCCACCUGGACGCGUCUCCUCACGUUUCUCUAUCUGCCGGUGUUCAAUUUUCGCCUGAUGCUGCAGCCGCAAGUCCUCAGCUUCGACUGGGGCAUGGAUGCACUGCCGCGUGUCACCUCGCUGUGGGAUCGCCGCAAUGCGCAGUCCGCCUGCUUCUACUCCGUGCUGCUGGGCGUGGCGUGGCGCAGCUGUCGGCAGUUGUUCAGCAAGGAAGUGGCGGGAGGAGUGCCAGCGGCAGUGGCGCCAUUCCCGCAGUAUCACAUCCAAAAGGUCUCCGCUGGUCGCAAGUCCCGCUCCAAGCGCAAGCGACUGGCGGCCAGCAGCAAGUACCAAGCCUUUGAGGCAACGGCCGCAUCUGCCUAUGCGCCGAUACAUCAGGAGACGUCGCUGCCGGCUUUUGCCAGCGCCAAGCAGCCGUGCAGCAGCAGCAGCAGGGACUGCAACAACAACAGCAGCAGCAGCAGCGGCGCCUAUCCGCAUCCACAUCCGCAUCACCUCGUGUCUUCCGCCUUUCGCGGCUCCCGGAGCAGCAGCAGCUGCAGCAACAGCACAACCUCCAGCAACAAGAGCUCCGGCAGCAGCAGCAGCAGCUCCAGCUCCAGCUCCAGCAGCUCCUCCUCAAGCUCCAGUUCGAGCUCAAGCUCGAGCUCCCUGCUGCCCUGUUGCUCCUCCGAGUAUCUGCUUGGGGGCAUGUCUCCAAAGAGUCGCCAUGCCUGCAUUAUGCUCAUGUCCUGCUCCUUCCUUGCGUUGCCCUUCCUGCCCGCCAGCAAUCUCUUCUUCUAUGUGGGCUUCGUGGUGGCCGAGCGGCUGCUGUACCUCCCCUCCGUCGGCUUCUGCCUGCUGGUGGGCUACGGGGUGUCCCGUCUCAUGGCCUCCACGCAGCGCGCACGCUGCACUCUGGUGCUGUGCCUCAGCGUGUGCCUGCUGGCCGCCCUCAGCCUGAGGACGGUGCGCCGCAAUGCCGACUGGCGGGACGAGGAGAGCCUAUACAGGAGCGCAAUUGCCGUGAAUCCGCCAAAGGCAUUGGGCAAUCUGGGCAGCGUGCUCAGCUCUCAGGGUCGCUACGAGGAGGCCAAACAAGUGCUGCAGGAGGCCAUUCGAUACAGGCCCAACAUGGCGGACGUGCACUUUAAUCUCGGCAUUCUGCAUCAGAACCAGCAGGACUAUGCGGCAGCUGUUGAGUGCUUUCAGCGUGCUAUUAAAUUCAGGCCAAAUCUGGCAGUGGCGUACCUCAAUCUGGGCAUAUCAUUCAUUGCGCUCGGCAAGCGCCAGCAGGCCAUGGAGAUCCUUCAAGCAGGCGCCACGCUGGACGGGGCCACGGUCCGCGAUCGUUGGGCCCACGAUCAGGCGCGCAGUUCGGCGUAUCUCCAGCUGGGCGCACUCUAUGUGGAGCAGGGCAAGCUCCAGCGUGCUUUGGCUCUGUACCGCGAGGCGCUCUCUUCGCUGCCGGGACUUCCGCAGCAGCGGGAGGUGCUCUAUCAGCGCAUUGGCGAUGUCCUCGGACGCCUGCAGCAGUGGGACGAGGCGGAGCGGCAUCAUCGAGCGGCGCUCGAGCUGCAACCCAAUCAAGUGGCGGCACAUCUCUCCUACGGCAUCACGCUGGCCCGAAACAGCAGCCGCUCGGCGGAGGCUGAGAUGUGGUUCAAGCGUGCCCUAAAACUGGCGCCCGAUCAGGCCAGCGUCUACCAUCAUUACGCUGAAUUUUUGUCGCUGCAAUCGCGACACCACGAGUCCGCUGUCUAUCAUCGUAGAGCCGCAGAGCUGGCGCCCACGGACUAUGCUCUGGUGGUGGCAGCGGCGACAGCCAUGCGGCUGCUGGAUCGCAAAGUGGAGGCAGAGAUUUGGUACAGAAAGGCGGUGGCCCUUCGGCCGGAUGAUGCCCACGCCCACACCAAUCUGGGCGCCAUUCUGCAUCUGCUGGGACGCACCACACAUGCGGCGGCCAGCUACAAGGCAGCGCUGCGACUGCAGCCCGGAGACGCCAUCACGCUGGGGAAUCUGGCCAAGCUGGGCGUGACGAAUGUUUAGCAAGUGCAAGAGAGAGAGAUAUUGUGCAGAUAUUUUUAUAUGGAGUGGAACAGAACGGCAGCGAUAGACAACUCUACAGAAUUUAUACAAAGGACUUCGAUACAUAUGUAAAUCAUUUAGCAAAAAGGAGCAGCAGCUGGAGCCAAGAGCCAAGAGCGAAGAGUGUAAAUAACCCAAAAGCAGCGACCAAAGAAUGUCACAAGAGAAGAGGAAGGAGAUGGCGAUGCAGAGUGCAGAUGGAGAAGCUACAGAGAGAACAAUAAUUAAAAUAUCUAAUUGCUAAGAUCAAGAAACUGUAUAGAGAAUGCAGCAUAGAAGCUACAAAACGAAUACUGGCAUUGGAACGACAAUUGGGUAAUGGGUCAUACGACUAAAUGUCCUUAAAAAAACAUACGAAGUAUAAAUAUAUUUAUCCCCCGUGUAAAUUAAAUGUAAAUAAUGAGAAAAAACGAAGAAAACCCCAAGGCACAAA